AUGACCACGGAGCCUUACCGUGAUGUGGAGAGUCAGGAGUACAAGUCGAAGUCCAACCAGCCGUGGCAGCUCAAGUACCACGACAUCAAGACCAGGAGAGAUGCUGCCGACGCUAGGUCUAAGGCGUACGAUGGGCCGCCUUUGAAGAUCAUUGUCACCGGAAAGCCGUCGAGCGGAAAAGGCAGCAUCAGCCCGAUGUUGUCGAGAGCCUACCGAGGGGUGUACAUUGCUUCCGGGAAUCUGCUAAGAUCAGAGGCCCAGGCGGAAACAUCGCUGGGGAGGAGAGCGAACGAGUUCAUGUCUCGGGGGGAGAUGCUCCCGUCUGAGGUUGUGUUGUCGCUCGUCACCAAGAGGCUGGCGCAGAGGGACUGCGCGCAGAACGGAUGGAUUUUAGACGGGUUUCCAAGAACGCGGGGACAAGCGGCGGAUCUUGGCGGAGAAGACAUCGUGCCGGACUUAAUCGUCAUGCUGGAGCGGCCGGAUGGACUGGUGAAGGAAUUCAGCCUGGGGCGAUGCACAGACCCCACCACAGGGGUGAUCUAUCAUCCCAAGUUCUCGCCGCCCCCGCCGGACGUGGUGCCCCGCCUGACUUGGAGAACCGACGAUACGAAAGACGUCAUCGAAAAGCGCCUCAAGCAGUACGCAGAAACCUCUGAGGGCAUCAGGGAGGCAUACGAAGACGUCCCUCGCAAGGUGGUGGACUCCUCCAAGAGCGACCUUGACACAUUUGCAGAGGUGUGCGAUUUCGUGGAAGAGGUGGCCAAGGCUAAGGCGGAACGGCUGGGUCCCGAGGGGAUGCGUGAGAUUCUGGAGAUGGGGGACAUAAGAAUGUCGGACGUUCAGAGGCUGACGGAGGAGGAGCAGCGAGCCUUCGAGGAGCAGCCCACCCUUCUUGCCGCGGCCCAGAGGUGCAACCGCUACGUGGCAUCGGACUUCACCCCUGUCUACGUCGAAGACGUCAAGGUGGGAGCGGUUUCCAGCCAGUUCGCCAGCGAGCUCAACCUCUUCUCCAGCGGCGACGCGGUCAUGUACAGGGCGAGCGUCCCGGGGGCCGGGCCCGUGGGCAUGGAGGGUCCCGCGUACGUGCUUGCGCCUUACGCCGCCAGCGUGGAGGAGAGGACUCGCGUCGUGAGCGGUCUUGUGCAGGGUUUGGUUGAUACUGGCGCCAUCCCGAAGGGGGCCCUGAGGAACGAGCUCCAGGACGUGCGGUCGGCGACCGGAAAGCUGAGCGUGACAGGAGACGUGCUGUUUCGGCUAGAAAGAGCGGCGAUGAUCCACUUCGGUGUACCGUCGUACGGCGUACACCUCAACGGAUACGUCAAAGCCACCGAUACCGAGCCAAUGAGGGUGUGGAUCGGCGUGAGGAGCGUGAGCAAGGCCACCUACCCCGGCAUGUGGGAUCAGAUGGUCGCAGGGGGGCAGCCGGCUGGGAUGGGGUUUAAGGAGAACAUGCAGAAGGAGUGCGAGGAAGAGGCGAGUCUCCCUUCCAGCCUGUCCUGCAAGAUACAGCCUACCGGCCAGGUUUCGUACCGAUACGGCACGAGGAAAGGGUUGAGCACCAAGUUCUUGUGCGUCUUCGACCUCGAGGUUCCGGAGGACUUCGUACCAUACAACGGGGAUGGCGAGGUGGAGGAGUUUAUCCUCAUGCCCGUGGAGGAAGCCCUCAAGACGAUUAAGACCGACCUCGCCAGAUGGAAGCCCAACUGCGCCUUGGUCAUGAUCGACUUCGCUCUUAGACAUGGUUUCCUAGACCCAGACCACCCGGAUUAUUUGGAGUUGGUUCACCAGUUGAGGACAGGGCACACAGCAUCCACCUUCUAGAAGCCUUUCUAGAAGCAAGCCUGCCUGCGCACUUUGCCUCUUUUUAAAGAGUAGCGCCUUGCCGUGUUUCUUUUUGAUGGGUUGUUUUAGUUUUGGACUGAGUGGGACCAGUGAAGCAGAUCUGUUCAUGGGGUGAAAGUAUUCUGUAGAAGAACAGAGGACGCAACAGGCUGUGCUGGACCAGAGUGGGCGAAAUGACUGCCGGCGGCAACGUCUGAGUGUGAUGGUGGUGUGCAGAGUAGAACAUCGUCAUGUAUGCAUACUGUACAUGAGGUGGGUAUGCUGGAGGGGCGGCGAGUCGGAUCACGUCGUUUCCGUCUCCUGCGCGAGGCGGGAUGAUGAUUCACGGUCUACGAUACCAUCCUGCAAAGGUUGCUGUGGACCAUCAGUGUUAGUUUCGACUUUGUACCAAGUGACGGAAACAGCGAGCGAUCGUUUGGUGGUGUACUGCAGCGAUACAGCAGUGGUGUACCGUACGAUGGCCUGUGGUUGUCUCACUUGUAGUGGACGGACAGACGGGCGGACGGUGAAGUUUUUCCGAUAUCGCUACGGGCCAGGGCGGCUCGCCUUGACCGGUUGUCGUUCCCGUCAUUCUUCUCUUCGCGAUUUUAUUGGAUUUGAAGGGUAGUCUAGCACUUCGGAGUAGACGUAUUUGUUGUGCAUCCCUGCUGUUUUUGUUCUCCGGAUCAGUUGAAGCGC